AUGCAGCUGUUCAUCCAUGCUCAGAACCUGUACACCCUUGAGGUUUCCGGACAGGAAACAGUCACUCACAUUGAGUCCGUGGAGGGCAUCGCACCCAAGGAUCAGAUGGUUCUCUUGGGUGGAACUCCUUUGGAGGAUGGAUCUCUUAUUGGGCAAUGUGGCAUCAACGAGUUUACCAUCCUGGAGGUGGCUGCUCGCACACUGGGUGGUAAGGUCCAUGGCUCCCUGGCUUGUGCUGGGAAGGCGAGAGGCCAGACUCCCAAGGUUGCCAAGGAGAAGAAGUUGUCGACAACUGGCUGUGCGAAGAGAUGCAUGCAGUACAACCGGCGCUUUGUCAACAUCAUGCCAGGGUUUGGCAAGAAGAAGGGCCCCAGUGCUAACUCCUAA